UUUCAGAAAUGUAAAGUAGAAAAUCAAAAUGAUGCAUCAUUGAAAACGGUUAUUGAUGUGUGAGAUUAAGAUCAGGGUUUUAGCUCGUAUUCCAUAAAAAAAAAGCUAGAAUCAAUCUCAUUAAGUCUUGGUGUUUGUGUGGCGGGGGGCCGGCGUACCUCAGGGACUUCAUGUCCUUCUACCACUCCUCAGAGGAAUAACUAAACAGCAAAACAACCCUGUGAUUAUGCAUUCAUAAACUGUGUUCCAGCUGCCAAGGACACCUCAAACUACUAUUUAAAAUUCAAUCGCCCACCGGUGAAUCUCUCAAACAUUUGUAGUCGCCUUUCCCUUCUGGAUAAUCUAUAAUCCAUGCAGCUGCACAGGCAGAUUAUCGAUCAACGGCAGUCGAUUACCUGCAGACUUCAACAAUAAACUGUUGAUUUCAUUGUUGUAUUUGCAAACAAAAAGACCCUCAAGUCCAAACAGGAAAAGCGGAUUAAUCAACUGAAUUUGAUGGUUUUUCAAAGAUGUCCUUCACCGUCUGAAAGUCACGGCAGCCUGACGGGAAACGUGGCGGUCGGUUCUGACGGAGAGGAGGCCGCAUGCUGAGCUGAAAGAGGAAGAGCGGGAACGCCGUCAUUCAGCUGCAGUCAGCCAGAGAUAUUUUUUGACCCGUCAGCCCACAUGGACGCUUCUGGGGGCUACCGGCACGGCGGGGCAGCGUCACAGACCCUCUUUUUAGAAACUCCACACCCCAGCGGUCCCUCUCGUCACACGCCUGUGGACGCUAUGAGGGUGGGGGGGGUCUGCAUGAAAGUAAAAGUCACUGCAGCUCUGGAUGAGAAAUCCACUUAAAAACAACAACAAUGGAGAGGGAGCUGAGUCUGAACCGGGCCGAGACCUUCUCCUUCGUCAACCCCUGGAUCCGAUACUUCCUGUUCUUCUUCAGCUUCCUGUUUUGGGUUUUCUCCUUAUUGAUUGUUGCCAUCGGGGUCUACGCUAAAGUCCAGAAAGCCACAGAAACGGUGCGGGACACGUUCCUGGUCGACCCGGCCGUCAUCCUCAUCGUGGUGGGCGUGGUCAUGUUCUUCAUCACGUUCUGCGGCUGCAUCGGAGCCCUCAGAGAGAACAUUCGGCUCCUCAAGACGUUCUCCUUCAGCCUGACUCUGGUCUUCCUCAUCCACCUGGCCAUAGCCAUCCUGGGCUUCUUCUACUCCGAUCAGACCCGCGAUGCUUUGGAGAAGUUUGCGCGGAAGGCCAUCGUGCACUACCGGGACGACCUGGACCUGCAGAACCUCAUGGACUACAUCCAGAAGGAGUUCAAGUGCUGCGGGUGGAACGGCUACACCGACUGGUCUUGGAAUCUGUACUUCAACUGCACUGGUGAGAACCCCAGCAAGGAGCGCUGCGCCGUGCCGUACUCCUGCUGCACUCCCGUCCCCGGAGAGGCCGUGAUCAACACCAUGUGUGGCUUCGGGGUCCAGACCCAAAAGUAUCUGGAUGCAAACAAGUCGAUAUACCCCGUGGGCUGCGCGGACAGAGCCGUGAUGUGGAUCGAGACCCAUCUGCUGCUGGUGGGGGCGCUCACGCUGGGUCUGGCCUUGCCUCAGAUCGCCGGCAUCGUGCUGUCGCAGAUCCUCAUCUCUCAGAUCCAGGAUGAGAUUACCUCGUUUUCAUGAGCGGGACGGUUUACGGUUCCUGAAGGCAUCUGAGGAGCGCGAGGACAUUUCUGCUGCUUUACAAC